GUGGUCCACAAGGAUGUGCGCGUCGCAAACAUGUUGUUCAUUCCCGAGACCAAUGGGAUCAUAAUAAUUGACAUUGAACGGGCUUCGCUGCUCAGGCCGCCUCGGCGUCCGUUGGCGCAGUUGGUGCCAAACAAGCGAGCAUGGAAGCAAGAGACAAUAGAUAUCAAGGCGACUGGAGGUUCACGCAAUCAAAGCCGAUCAAGUCGAGGACUUUCCGAGGAUAUUUUGAUGGCGAAGACGGCGUUCUUAGACGGGAAAAUGCACCGAAAGCUAUGA